GGCGCGUCUCUCAGUUUCGUUUUCCACACACUUGGUUGACGUCUCUAAUCAGGAGGACACUGAACCUGAGUCAGAUCAGACCAUAUCUCUGUUCAGGUUAUAUUUCGGUUAUAUAUGGUUCAGAGUGCUCACACUAGUCAAACGAACCCCCAACAAUAACCAAACUUGUUACGCGCGCCACCUGAGUCUGACACUGACUGAUCUGGAGCGUGUGUGGAUCUCAAAAUGUCUAUAGAAAGUCUUCUGAAGAUCUUGUGUGCCCAUAAUGGAUCGAUGGAGUACGAGCGUCUUCUGGAUCUUUCUUACGGACUACCGGAGAUAACAGACCUGGAUCAGAUCAUCAUCAAGAGCCCCAUCUUCUCUGUAAUCCAGCACAGCGAUAGUAAAGAGGUCAUCGUGAAAAGUGCCGUGAAACUGUGCAAAAACAGCGAGUGUGACGGCGUGUGUCGAGAUCUACACUUGUGUAAAUAUUAUCUGAUGACCGGAUACUGUAAGAGGCCAUUGUGUGAUUAUGUACAUAAACUGAUGUCAGAGCACAACAUCCGAGUCCUCACAGAUCAUCGGAUGUUUGGUCUGAAUCGAGAUGAAGUUUGUGUGGUGUUACUAAUCAGUGAUCCCAACAUUCUGCCUCCUGUGUGUGUGAAAUACAACAAAGGCGGUGGGCCGUACGGUAACUGUCCGGAUAAAGAGCAGUGCACGAGACUGCACGUGUGCGAGAGUUUCAUCAGAGGACGCUGUGAUGUUACAGACUGCCAUAGAUCACAUGAUUUUCGCAGUCCUCAUGUGGUCAGAAUAUUGAGACGCAGAGGUGUGCCCGAUCAUCUGCUGUGUUCACUUAACUCCAUUUACCACAAUAUAGUCACGCUGAAGAGUUACAGUGGCGAUACUCAUUUUAAGAACACAAAACAGCCUGUCGGACUGAAGAGAAAUAGUGAAGCAGUAAAGAGAAGCUCAGGAUGUGAAAUCUGCCUCUGUUUUGUCAAAGGCUACUGUAAAAACCGAGACUGCGGCAGAAUCCACUUUGAAAUGCCUUAUAAGUGGGAGGUUAGGGUGGGUGACACCUGGACUCUCUUACCCAACAAUGAGGAGAUUGAGCGAGAUUACUGCCGACCAUCUAACAUCUACAGUUCAGGAGCUGAGCCUGUUUGUUUUGAGGAAAUGAUUCUGGGUCUGGAUGAGGUCCGGCGUCUCUCUACAGCACCCUCAGUUCUCUUUCCCAGUUUCAUCCUCACCACCACUUGGGUCUGGUACUGGAGAGAUGAGUACAAUCAAUGGAUCCAGUAUGCAUCAGUGAAAGAAAUGCACAGAUUGUCUUCAGUCAGCAGUGAGGACCUGGAGAAGAAAUAUCAGGAGUAUUUACAGCUCAAAAACCCUUCAGAUCAGGAUGCUGUUGUGAAGUUCAAAGCAGGCAAUCGGUUUUAUGAGCUGAAUUUUAAAGAUAUGGCACAAAGAAAUGAAGUAAGUGGAAGAGAGAGACCCAUCAGACGACGACCUGCCUUUAUCUCCUCCGUGGACGUCCAGAUCAUCAAAAACAGCCGGAGAAGCUCCUCGGCUAAGCCUCGCAUUUAUAAAGGGGUUCCUGGAUUUUGGGACAAAAGUGCAAUUCCUUACUGUGGAUUUCAGAAAGUCUGUCUCCAACCAUCUCACAGAGAUUACAUGAGAGUCCAGGAUAUGUUCGGUGAGACCAUGAGAGGUUUCACCAUCCGACAGAUUGAGCGGGUGCAAAACAGGGAACUCUGGGAAAACUUCAUCACCAAAAGAGAAGCAAUGAAAAAAGCAAACAAAGAGAGAUUUGGUGAACGCCUUUUGUUUCAAGCUACCAAAUUUUCCCUUGUUGAUUUUGUAUGUCAACAAAACUUUGAUAUUGAGAUGUCCGAUACCACAGUGUAUGGGAAAGGGAUUUAUUUCUCAAAGGACGCACAGUCAUGCCAUAUGAAGACAGAUGAAUGCGGAGCAAGCUUGAUGUUUGUGUGCAGGGUUUUACUCGGCCACUACACCAGAGGAGACUCUCGCUACCACCGCCCACCAUCCAAAAAGACAGCAGGAGAUCAGUAUGACAGCUGUGUAGACAAUCUCCGUGAACCGUCUGUCUUUGUGUUGUUCGAAAAGUCACAGAUCUACCCAGAGUUCCUUGUUACUUAUGAGCAAAAAAAAUUAUUUGAAGUGUUGGACAACCCUGUCACAUCUAUUACGUUGGGUGUUGCUCAUGUAAAUCUAAAAGAUGGUAGACAAAGCCCUGAAGCCUCAGAUGUUGGACAAAACUUAAUCAGUGGAUCAUGUGGUGUAAGUCUUACAUCAACACCAGGUUCUGCUUCAGGGAAGACUUCACCCUCUUUAAGUUCCUCCAGAGAAACAGACUCGAUCUUACAUUCAACACUACAUAAAGAUUCGAGCGUUCCAUCUAAGGUUCCUGUUUCGGAUGUUUCAAAAACCACUCUUAAACUAGUUCUGAGUACAAAAAGUUUAACACCACUUGAGUCUGGUGUUCAGCCCCUGCAUGUUGGAAAAUCCUCAGAUGAUUCAGAGCACCAGAACAUCUCAGUCCAUGAGUCCAUCAGCGGUUCUUCGUCUGAAAACAUCCAAGAAGUCCCUCAGAUACGCAGUGAUUUUGUGUGUCAGCAUUCAGUGGAUCUCAGUGGACAGUUGGGAACUGAGUCGAGGGAUUUAGUGUCCAGAGUGGUACAGUACUCAAAUAAUACUGUAAAACUGGACAUGUUGUCUCCUCCGGUCCACGUGAUGAGAACAUCGGUAGUCUCUUCAGCUCAGCGUUCCAGUGAAUCUGUGCCAGACUCUUCAUUGGUUUCUUCUCGUCGGACUGUUGAUCCACAGCUUUAUCAAAGAGAAAACUCUUCAGCAACAAGACAGAGAACAGUAGAGACUAUCAAAACCACUUCAAAGGAGAAACCAUGCACUGUUCAGUGAUUUCUCUGUCUAUUACGAAACAAAAUCUGCUGUAUUACCAACAAAUAACUGGUUUUAAUAAAUUCAAUAAAUCCACAUAAAUAGAAUAACUGAUUGAAAGGUGAAAUGUCAAGAUAUCUUGUCCUUUCCAAAUGCAGAAGUUUCUGUUUAUCCAAACUCUAACACUGAUCUGAUAGUGAAACAUACCUAGGGGUGUUUUUGUGUGAUUUUCUCUCUGAGACACUUUUAGUAAUUUGGGAUGUUUCAUUAAACCUC